AUGGCUGGUGUCGAGGACUACUACACCUCCGCUCCUGGUUCUACUGGCACCUUUGGAAACUUCGCCAAGGCCACUUAUGCUGCAAUCACUAAGACCUAUACGUACUUGACUUCUAACUUGUGGAGGGACAUUCCAUUGAUCAAAGCCCCAUACUUAAAGUUCAAGGCUUAA